UACCGAGCAUGCGCACGACAAUCUUCCUUUUUCCAGUGCAGCGGAGUCUUAGCCACAGUCUUUGGCUCCGGGCUCCUUCAUAAGGAGACUAAAAGACUGCAAAAUGGGUUUUGUUAAAGUAGUCAAGAACAAGGCCUACUUCAAGAGGUACCAGGUCAAAUUCAGGAGGAGGAGAGAGGGAAAGACCGACUUCUUUGCUCGUAAGCGCCUGGUUGUCCAAGACAAGAACAAGUACAAUACGCCCAAGUACCGGAUGAUUGUCAGGUUCUCCAACAGGGACAUCAUCUGCCAGAUUGCCUAUGCCAAGAUCGAGGGUGACAUGAUCGUGUGUGCAGCCUACUCACACGAGCUGCCAAAGUACGGCGUCUCCGUGGGCUUGACAAACUACGCAGCAGCUUACUGCACUGGUCUGCUGCUGGCCCGCAGACUGCUGAACAAGUUUGGCCUGGAUAAGGUGUAUGAGGGCCAGGUGGAGGUGACCGGAGACGAGUUCAAUGUGGAGAGCAUUGAUGGUCAGCCAGGUGCGUUCACCUGCUACCUGGAUGCUGGGCUUGCUAGAACCACCACUGGCAACAAGGUGUUCGGUGCCCUGAAAGGGGCUGUGGAUGGAGGUCUGUCCAUCCCACACAGCACCAAACGGUUCCCUGGGUAUGAUGUUGAGAGCAAGGAGUUUAAUGCUGAAGUCCACCGCAAGCACAUCAUGGGCAUCAAUGUUUCAGAGUAUAUGAGCUACCUGAUGGAGGAGGAUGAAGAGGCGUACAAGAAGCAGUUCUCCCGCUUCAUCAAAAAUGGAGUGACCCCUGAUACGAUGGAGGAGAUGUACAAAAAGGCUCAUGCUGCCAUUCGUGAGAACCCAGUCCAUGAAAAGAAGCCUCCCAAAGAAGUCAAGAAGAAGAGGUGGAACCGCAAAAAGCUCAGUCUGGCUCAGAGGAAAGACCGUGUUGCCCAGAAGAAGGCCAGCUUCCUCCGGGCUCAGGAACAGGAGGCUUCAGACUGAGGCGUCAGUCUGCUCCGUUCAGAAUCGAGAAAUUUGUUCUAAUAAAUAUCAAAAAAGA